GAGUGGCCUUCCGCGGAAGGGAAGAGUCCCGCAGUCGGAGACGGCCGGCAGGGCGUGCGCUUGCUAACCGCAGCCGGGGCUGGGCCGGAGCCGGGCGAGGACUGGAGCCGGGGCCAGACCGGGUUCAGCGGGCGAGGGGCAGCAGCCGCAGCGGGGCAACCAGGCCGCACCGGGCAGGGGACGGCGGGCGUGGUGUCUGCGGUCUCCUGAGCCCCGAUGUGAGGCGGCGGCGCCCCCGGCCCGAGCGCGCACCAUGGGGGCCCUGCUCGGCGUGGCGCUGGGCGCCCUCCACUACCUGGCACUUUUCCUGCAACUCGGCGGCGCCACGCGGCCCGCCGGCCACGCGCCCUGGGACAACCACAUCUCCGGCCACGCCCUGUUCACAGAGACGCCCCACGACAUGACGGCGCGGACGGGCGAGGACGUGGAGAUGGCCUGCUCCUUCCGCGGGAGCGGCUCGCCCUCCUACUCGCUGGAGAUCCAGUGGUGGUACGUGCGGAGCCACAGGGACUGGACGGACAAGCAGGGAUGGGCCUCGAACCAGCUAAAAGCAUCUCAGCAGGAAGACGCAGGGAAGGACGAGACCAAAAUAAGUGUGGUCAAGGUGGUGGGCAGCAACAUCUCCCACAAGCUGCGCCUGUCGCGGGUGAAGCCCACGGACGAAGGCACCUACGAGUGCCGUGUCAUCGACUUCAGUGACGGCAAGGCCCGGCACCACAAGGUCAAGGCCUACCUGCGGGUGCAGCCGGGAGAGAACUCCGUCCUGCACCUGCCCAAGGCCCCGCCCGCAGCGCCCGCCCCGCCGCCGCCCCCCAAGCCCGGCAAGGAGCUGCGGAAGCGCUCGGUGGAUGAGGAGGCCUGCAGCCUCUAGACUGAUGCCCAGCCCGCCGCCGGCCCGCCCUGCGCCCCUACGGCUGUACCGAGUGCAUGAGGAGCCGCUGGACCGCUGGGGACGGGACUGCCCGGGUCCAGCUGCCUCCCCAUCCCGAGACCGCCCGUGGCCCCCACGUCGGCCCUCCUCCCACCACCCCUCGGCUCA